AUGUCCACCUGGCGCCCCGGCAAACGAGUCGCUAUAGCAGGCGGUGGACCCGGUGCUAUAUCCACCGCGCUGGCAUUCAUCAAGCGUGGCUACGACGUGCGGGUAUUUGAGCGACAAACCGAAUGCCGUGCUAUCGGAGGCGCGGUUCUCUUCUCUAUCCCUGUGCUUGCGAUUCUACGCUCUUACGGAAUCAGCCUCGAGAACUUCGGAUCCUAUACGUGGACAUACUUCAACAACAAAUGGGGCAAGGAACGGGCCGUGCUUCCCUUCAAUGAAGAAAAAAUGCUCGAUCUUGUUCCCGAGGGCGUCAUUUUCUGCAGUCACGAAGUGACGGGAUACGAGGAAGUCGAAGGUGAGGUGGAAGUCAAAUUCAAGGAUAGCAACAUCAAACCAAUAAAGGCCGAUAUCCUAAUCGCAGGAGAGGGUAUUCGGUCCGCCGUUUCGCGUCAGGCAUUUGGUGACCCACAGCUAUUCCACACAGGCAUCCGGCUUUGGCUCGCGUGGUGUGGUCACAUCCCUGGGAUUCCUGCCAACACCGGUGUCAUCUCGCACGACUGGCAACACCAAGCGAGUUUCUUUCCUAUGUUGCAUGACGGCAAGCCGGGAUUCGAGUGGUGGGUUGUCGAGCCGGGGUGGGAAGGAAAGCCGCUUCCUGAGGAUCCCAAGGCCCACGUAGACAAGAUUCUGCAGGGCUGGUCGGAUCCCUUGCGGCAGCUGGUGGAAGCCACUGAUUUCGAUACGCAAGUAUAUCGGUGGGACAUCUACAAUCGGCCAUCGAUGAAGAAGUGGUCUUCAAGGAGGAUCGUAGGUGUGGGGGAUGCGGUGCAUCCGGUUUCGCCAUAUGCGGCGUAUGGAAUGGGGAUGGCGAUCGAGGAUGGGUAUUAUCUUGCCAAGGCGCUCGACGGAGUUGAUCUACGGGAUUUGAGGGCUGUCGGCGCGGGCUUUGAGUUGUUCGAACGACAGCGUGUGGACUAG